AUGAACACAGUCAAUAAAAUUGUUGAAAUUUUUCAGGUAUUAAAGACCAGUAUUGAAGAUGAUAUGUCAAUUUAUGAGCUGGUCAUAAAAAUGAAAAGAGAAUACUCAAAUGCUUUAAAUAAGAAUACUGAAAGACUGAUGUCUAAGAACAGAGCGAGUUCAGGUUUAUUAAUUUAUACUUCUUUGAAGUUCGUACAGGAAGAGUGGAGUCAGUCAGAAAUCAUCUGUACAUUCCUACAGAGCAAUCCAUUAGAUUCUUCUAAAAUUUUACAUCAAAAAAUUUGUGGGGAUCUCCGAAAAUUUCAGGAAAAUUUGAAAAAUUUUUAUGACCAAGACAAAGCGCUCUGUGAAAACAUACACAAAGAGCAAUGUAGAAAUGCCAAUGAUACUAAUGCAAGCGGCUUGAAAGAGCAACUCAGUCUACUGUCUAUUGAAGAACAAAGAAAUGAGCUAAUUUUGCAGAAUUUGCCAGCACUAAAAGCCAACAUUGAAAUGGCAGUUAAAUCCAUAAAUGAAUGCAUCUCAGCCUUGGACAACGAAUAUAAAAGACUGCAUUUGUUUGUGAAUAAUCUGUUGAAGAAUCAGCAGUCAAAAUUUGAAUAUCCAAGCUUGGCUUUAGACAAGUGGGACAAUAUUAAUUUCCAAAAAUUCAAAACCUUACUCGAAAAUGAACUUAAAAUAGAUGAUGCGUGCAGAGCCAAGCCACAGUACAUUUUGAAAGAGGAUGUUAGAAUCAAGGAAGGAUGGGGAAGCUGGGAGUGUGGAGUGUUUAUUCUCUAUCCCAGAAGCAUAGUUAUCACAGAAACAGGUGAUGUAGACGAUAUGAAAACAGCAACAGGCAAUGUGAGGGAAUAUAAACUGGCCAUAACAGACAUGUCACCAAUUGGAACACUCACUUUAAAACUCACUUGCAAGAAUCAAGGUGUCAUUUCAUAUUUAUUGGGCUUGAACUUGACAAUAGUAGAGUUUUCAUCACAGAGCUCUAGAGACAGGGUAAUUGGACAUCUAAACUCAACAGUGGCAUAA